CCAUCUACUGGCCAGCUCCCGAGCAUGAUCGACACAUUCGAGCACCUGCACAAGAAGAAGGAUAAGUGGAUUAGUGAUGCAGCGGCGACAAAACAUAAUGAGAUGACCGAACGUCGAGCAUCGCAGAGUACGGCCCCUGCAUCAUCUGCUGCUUCUUGUGUCGGCGAUAAUGUCGACGGUCAUUUCCCGCCUGAUAUGGAUAUUGUCACGGAUGUCCUUGGACCCCGCUCGCGUUAUAAGAAAGGGUUUGGGGGGUUGCCUAGGUUGAAGGCAAUUGGCGCAAAGAGGGCAGCAUCUUCGUCAACUUCUCAAAUGUCCGGGCAAUUGCCACCUGAAGUGGACACCAUUUUGCAGCAAAAUCAGGACAUUAUGCUAGAAAAUCAGAACCUAAAGAAGCAUACGACUAAACUUGAGAGUCGUCAACGGCGUCAAGAUCUCCUGCUCAGUGCUUUGUUGAAGCAGGUUGGUCAAUUGGCUCCUGGUUUUACUGUUGACUUACCAGACCAGGAUUCGGACGAGGACGAUGAUGCUGAUGGGGGCGGGAAUGAUGAGGCGGCCAGUACUCAUUUGUAGAACUUUUUUUCUAUUUAUUUAAAAUUUAAUUUAUGAGACAUUUAUUUUACU